AUGAUUCAAACUCGUAUGCUCUCAAAAGAAGAUGAAGCCCGCGGCGAGGACAACGAAGUCCGCCGCGAGGACCAAGAAAAAAUCAACCGCUUCAGUCGCCUCCACCAACGGGAAAUUGUGUUGGAAGAGCAAUUGAAACUGAAGCAGUUAGCAGUACAAACUGAUAUGAGAAAUCAAAAACAGAAAGACAAAGAAGAUCUCGAAGAAAUCUCCACCGAGCUCGAACUCGCAGAUGAAGAUGAUCUCGUUCCCUACAAGAUCGGUGACUCCUUCUUCCACCUUCCCCUGGAAGAAGCCCAGUCCCUCCUCGCCACCUCCACCGAGCAAAUCGACGCCGAGGUGAGCAAGCUGGAGGAGAAACUGGGCGACCUGCGCGAGGAGCUGCAGCAACUCAAGGUCGCCCUGUAUGCGCGCUUCGGCCGGAGUAUCAACUUAGAAACCUAG